AUGCUGUUCCCGCCAGAGCACGCGGCGCUGAAGCCCGUGCUGGCACGCUGGUCUGUCGCGUUCGCGCGCUCCCUCAAGGCGCACCUGCGGGAAGACGGGGACGUCGCGGCCGAGCUGCAGCACAUUCUGGAGCCCCACGAGCUGGCGGUGGUGGCCAGCAACGCCAACCGCCCGCUGGCCGCGCUGCAGGCCAUGUCGCGCACCAUUUCAGCCGCGGGCCUUGACCCCAUUGCCACCAGCCGGCUGGACAUCAACCUGGAGACGUUUGAGGUGUGCGCCGUUUCAUGA